AGCUCCACUUCAUGACGGYGGACUGUUCGGUUACGUUCCGUUCUUUCGCGUCGUGACUAUCUCUUAUUUAUACAAGUACAGUACUCCCGACUCCAUCAUGGUCCUCGUCGACUUAAAGAAGGGAGGCAACAAGUCUUCGGAGAAGAUGAAAAAUCGUAUGCGAGAAUUGAGGAUUCGCAAAUUAUGUUUGAACAUUUGUGUUGGUGAAUCUGGUGACAAGCUCACCCGUGCCGCUAAGGUGUUGGAACAGUUAACUGGCCAACAGCCAGUGUUCUCCAAAGCUCGUUAUACCGUCAGAUCUUUCAGUAUCAGAAGAAAUGAAAAAAUCGCAGUGCACUGCACUGUACGUGGUGCUAAGGCUGAAGAAAUCUUGGAACGAGGAUUAAAAGUUCGUGAAUACGAAUUGAGGCGAGAAAACUUCUCAGAUACUGGUAACUUUGGUUUUGGUAUUCAAGAACACAUCGAUUUGGGUAUCAAAUACGACCCCAGCAUUGGUAUCUAUGGUUUAGAUUUCUUCGUUGUCUUAGGACGUCAAGGUUUCAACGUAGCUCACAGAAGAAGGAAGCAAGGCAAAGUUGGUUACCAACAUAGACUAAACAAAGAAGACGCAAUGAAGUGGUUCCAAACUAAAUAUGACGGAAUCAUUUUAGCAGGGAAGAAAAACUAAUAUUAAUUGUAUUGUUUAUCAAUGCAAAUCCCAUAAAUAUACAUACAUGUUGUUUUUCCAAACAAA